GCUCAUUGACAGGCACGCUCACUGGGUCCCUCGCCGUUUGUCCUAGAUCUAAACUCGAGCAUUGGACCUGCUGCAGCUUCUCUAUCCCUAGCUCUUGUGAGUGGCCACUGCCCGAUAAUGACAAUGCCGCCCCGGAAUUGACAGCAGCUGUACCCAAUGAAUCCGCGUGACGCUUCGUGUGCUUCGAGUCUGCCGGAGUAGCUCCGCACGAUGCGCCGGGGAACGCCGCCAACUCAAAAGCCUCGCAGCAUCUGUGCCUUUUGCUCUCGGCGGCCGCAUAACGUGGUGGAGAAGCUGCUGGCGCGUCGAGCUGUCACCGCGGCCAUGAUUCGCGGAGCACUGAACCCCUCACGGCGAGCAGCGCCAACCGCUUACGUCGUGCGCCAAGGCACGCAUCAUCGCUGCUGCUGCUGCGAGACCUCCCUGGCCCACCUCGGUCUCUGCCUCCCAACUUCGCGUCGACCGACGUCCAAACGCCCCAAGACACGCAACAACUGGCUCCAGUCGUGCAAUUCGGUGCUUGCAGCCGGCCUCCGUCAUCUCUGGAACUCCCCGCAUCUUUUUCGGUCGGUUUUCAAAAUGCCGGCCUUAGCCGCGCUAGGCCUGAUCGGGGUGAGCCGCCCAUUAGAGGGAGAAUGCUGGGUGGGAGUGGCACCCUCACGCGUCGGAGCGCCCUCGAGGUGAUUUUGCGCUUCCAACUCUCCAGCUCCUCACCCUCGCACCCCAUUGUCCUCGCCCAGCUCGCCGAGCACAUCGCCGCCGCCGUAACAUGACCCGUCAAGCCUCCGGCGCUCUCGUCCACUUUGCACUUCAUCUCGUCGUGCUCUGAAGCUACUCAUCCUGCUUUCUCCGCACUUGGAGCGCUUCGUCGUUCACCGUCACCCACGCCCUCCACUCGCGGGA